AUGUCUCCGAUAUCUGCCCAAGCUCAGGAGUUCUUCGGCCGGUACGAGCAAUUGAAAGCAAUCGAGCAGACCAAGAAUCUUCUGAUAGAAGAUUUACUAAAUAGAGUUACGGAGCUUGAAGACGCCUACCAGCAAGAGCGAUUAGACCAUGACAGGGAAACCAGAUUUAACCGUGAGGUGCAGAUGCACGAAAUGGAGCUUAUGGAACAGCUGACGAGGUUUAAAUCGGCCAUGGACCAAGAACCCUUUGUGGUUGCGCUUCUAGACGGUGACGGCAUGAUAUUUCGAGAUUCAUUAGUCCAACAAGGCGAGCAAGGCGGGAAAGACGCUGCGAAUCAGCUCUGGUUAGCUAUCCGUGAUUACACUUCCGAAACCUUCACCAACAUACACUCGCCGAAGAUCGUGACGAGAAUAUAUGCCAAUGUUCGAGGAUUAGGGGAGACUCUCUUUAAAGCUGGAAUUAUUGAUAGAUCUUCCGUCUUUGAGGAUUUCGUCCGUGGGUUUAAUGGGAGCAGAUUACUCUUUGAUUUCGUGGACGUUGGGAGUGGUAAGGAUAGGGCAGACGAUAAAAUUACUGAGGUUCUGAAAUUGAAUUUGUUCAAUUGCCAUUGUCAGCAAAUAUUUCUGGGCUGCUCGCACAACAACGGCUACGCACGCCUCCUUGAAGAUAAUAUAGCCGAUAUUGAGCUCACGAGAAGAAUAACUCUGUUAGAGGGGAUUCCAUUUGAAAAAGAAUUAGCCUCCCUUACAGGCUCGUAUAGAGUGACUAAGUUUAACGGCCUAUUCCGAGAAUCAAAACUGGUGGCCUUGCCAAAUCAUAUUUGGGAGAGCACUGCCACCGCAGCAAGCUCGUUCUCGUCAUCACAUACGGGGUUACCAAAUCCUCGAACCGUGAGCAGAACUCCGUCUAAUUCCAACGGAACAACAACUACUACUUCUGCUGCCUCCGCUACCUCUGGUAGCAGCAGUACGGCGCCGACCACAUGGGCUUCAGCAAUUGCCGCCAAUGCAAAUACAACUUUCAAAGAUUUAACGCCAUCCAAGCCAAGUACCCCAUCCCCACCCACGAUUGAGCGCAACAAGUAUGGCCAAAGAGUCGAUCGAAUUGAUUUUAAAUCUGCGCCCAAGGACGAAUUAAAUCGCGUGAAGAAGCUGAAACUAUGCAAUUUAUAUUUUCUUUUGGGCGAUUGCCCCAACCCCAACUGUUAUCAUACACAUGAUUACAAGCUUGGGAAACAAGAGCGUGUUGUCCUCCAAGUUGUGGCAAGGAUGACGCCUUGCCAUUUUGGUACCGAAUGUGACGAUGCGGCGUGUAUUUAUGGCCACCGAUGCCCGCUCAGUGAGACCGGGAAGAAGGAUUGCUACUGGGGAUCAAAUUGUCGAUUUGAUACUGAUGCCCACGGCAUUGAUACUAAUAUUGUUAAACUUACCAAGGUGUAA